UGGGGUGGAGGCUGCAGCUGGAUAAAGAGAACGAGAGAGUGAGCAUCCUCUCUGUUUCUGAGGAGUUCUGCAACCCUUCAUCACUGCCUGAAGGGUCUGAACCUGCCAGUGUAAAGCGCUGCAGACGCUCUGUGAACAUUUCAGAGAAUCUCUGUUGCUGCUGCCAUGGACAUUCGUGCCGUUUUCCUGUCCUUCCUGCUGGUGACUGUGAACUUGUCCAGAGGAUCUGUGGCCCCAUUGACCUGUGAAAAAGACGAGCAGUGUGGUCAUCUUGAAUGCUGUGCCAUUAGUCUGUGGAAGAGCAAUCAGAGGAUGUGCAUCUCACAAGGAGGGGAAGGGGAUGAAUGCCAUCCACUCAGCUUCAAGGUGCCGUACAGUGGGAUGAGGCAAGAGCACAUCUGUCCCUGUCUCCCCCAACUGAUGUGCAAAUUUUCUUACAACCUGUUCAAAUGUGUUGAAGACUUAAAAAAGUAAAUAACAAAAUAACAAAUUUUGUUAUCUUAGAAAGGAAUCAAAAGAUAAUCACAAUGAAAUUGCACUUAAAGCAUCAGUACUGAUUUGAUGAUUGAUGCGGUGAUGAGCAUGUCUGAGUGCAGAUGCUCAGACUCUUCACUGAACAAUGGAGAAAAUGUUGCAAUUUCUUCCUAUUUUUGAAAGUUAAUCUGUGCCAUAUUCAAGUUUGCUUAAUGCUUGUUGAGUGUUUCCAUGAGAAAAUCUGAGGCUUAAAGUUUACCAUGUCUAGCUUUUGAAGGGGAAGUACUAUGUAAAAUUGAUCCUAUUGAGAUUUGCAUUAUGCUUUGACAUUAUUCCCUCAGCAAUAACAUUCCUGAAGUGUUGCAUUAAUUCUUUCAUGCAUGUUUGUGAAAUCCUUUAAUCUCCCGUGGCAACCAUUCAGCUGCGCAAAACUCUUGGUGGGUCUGAGCGCCGCCUUCGAGGUGCAGCUCCUCCUUGGGGUUAGUUUUCAAUCUUCCAAGCAUCCGCCUCUCAGAGCUGCCACCUCUCCAACACUGACUCACCCAUAUCUCCUUCAGACUAGCCAGCAGCUGUUAGCAAAGACCUGGUGCCACUGCACAUCUCCUGAACUCAUUAUACGAGCUACUUCUCUAUGAAACACUGGUAAAAAAAACAACAACAAAUGUUCAGUGGAAAGUGGAGGAGCAAUGUUGUGAUGACAAGAGUAGGAGUUUCUUAAAGAGACAGAGGUACAGUUUCAAGGCAUUAAAUUACAAAGUCAAAUGUCUUUAAAGUCAUACUUGAUAUAUGUAACAUUUUUACUUUACUAAAAGUAACAUAGUUAAUUUGAUUGUGUUACUGUGUUACUAUGUGGCUGGGAAAAAAAAACAUAAGACGUACUGUCCCUUUAAGGAAUGGAAUUUAGAAAAUAACUUGCCAAGAAUCUAAAAAAUAUCAUUUGUUGUACAAUUAAACUGGUGCUGACAGCAUGGCUGAAUAUCUAGCCAGGAGCAAGAUUUAGGUCAUCAAACCCCCCUGGAACAAAAUGCAAAGUGUAAAUACACUUUGCAUACACUAAAGAUUUCCAGCUGGCAUGACCCGGUGGUCUGUUGAACUUUGACUGACAGAGUGCAAGUGGGCAGCAUUUUUCUGCUGAGCCAGGAAGUUGAAAUUAGGCAGCCCGAGCCCUUCCUCCCCCUGCAUGGCUCACAUGCAGCAUGGCGACAGGUGGGAUCGUCUUUUACCGCUGACUGUUUGAAUCGGACAACAUGACGAAGCAAGAGCAGAUGCCUCAGCUGAUGUUCUGGGAGCACUGGGACCAUGCUGGGAGAAUCCUGUUUCCUUUUAAAUGUUUUCUAGUUUACAUGUGAGAUUUGGGCUUUUACUGUAAAAAAUACCAAUAAACUUGAGCAAACA